AUGUUGACAAGAUUGUUUGAACUGCGAGAUGAAGUAAUUCAAUUUCUAGACAUUCAAAAACAAACUGAAUUGUUUGUGGAAUUUAAAACACCAUGGGUCCAAGUAAUAUUUGCUUAUUUAUCAGAUAUUUUUGAUUCAUUGAACACUUUAAACUUGAAAUUACAAGGUGGAGACUCGAACAUAAUUCAUCAUCGGGAUGCUAUCACAGCAUACACUGAGAAGUUGCAACUGUGGAAACGCAAAAUUUUGGCGUUUAACUAUUCCUGCUUUCCUAAAUUACUUGCGAUCACAGAAGAAGCAUGUUUUAAGGAGAUUUUGGAUGUAAUUGAUACCAAGAAUCAAAUAUCAAACCAUUUGCAACACCUCACGGACGAAUUCAAGCGCUACUUUCCCGACUCGUGCAACAAUAUUAUGUACCGAUUAGCGACCGAUCCUUUUCACGUCGACAUAGACAUGCUGCCAGAUACAUUACAAGAGCAAGCAUUAGAAAUCAAAAAUGAUACUGCUGCCCAAUAUGAUUUUGAGAAGAUGGAUAAGGCACUAUUUUGGAUUAAAUAUCUCCAAGAUUAUCCCAGCACAGCAGAGCAGGCACUAAAAUUAUUUCUACCUUUUUCAAGCACUUAUUUGUGCGAAAAAGCAUUUUCAGCAGUUGUAGCAAUAAAAACAAAGUAUAGAAGCAAAUUAGAUAUUGCUAGUGAUCUACGUUGUGCACUUUCUUCUACUGAACCCAGAAUUGGAAAUCUUGUGAAAACUAUGCAAGCUCAUCCGUCACAUUGA